UGGCCAUGAGACAUAAAAUGACACCGGAGAAGGGGAAAAGCCCAGAUUCGGCUUUCCAGGAGCAAGCGGGCCAAGAACGGAUGCCAUCGGGGGAUUCCAACCAAGCAGGCUUGACUUCAGAAAGAGCAGGGCGUACGCCUCUUGAACCCAAAGCUAGGGAUGAUCAUAGCCCUGAGAAAAGGGAAGACCAGAGGCAACCAAAGAGUGAACUAGUUGACCGGAGAUUGAAAUAUUUGGAUCCUCGAGCAGCAAUGAAGGCAUCCCAGUCCGGAAACUCGGGGUGGGGAGAGCCGGAACAGACGGAGUCCGAGCCGUGGGAGAACGCCAAGGCUUGCUUGGCCUCGUUGGAAGGAGCGGCGGAAGCAUACCGGCGAUUCAAGGGACUGGCGAAUCUCAGUCAAGUUGGAGGGAACUGUGGGACGGUGGAGACCACGAAGGUGGAGGAUCUCCUCAAGGAGGACUCGGCCACCGCGGACGUCCAGAGGAGCCUCUUCCGGGAAUACCGCUACCAGGAGGCGGAGGGGCCACGUGAGGCCUGCAGCCGCCUCUGGUACCUGUGCCACCGGUGGCUGAAGCCCGAGAGGCACACCAAGGAGCAGAUCCUGGAGCUGGUGAUCCUGGAGCAGUUCCUGGCCAUCCUUCCCUCCGAGAUCCAGAAGUGGGUCAAGAGGGGUUGCCCUCAAUCCUGCGACCAGGCGGUGGCCCUGGCGGAGGGCUUCUCUCCAAGGAAGCAAGAGAGGGCGAGACAGCGGGCACCGGAGGGACCAGGGCUGAUCCAGGAGGCGGAUUUGAGCUUCUCUGUGGCAGAACAGCCUCCGGAUCACAGCCUGGGAGAGAAACCGUUUUGUCCGGAGGUCAGAAGUGAGGACGAAGUUGAUUCAGAUGCAGGUGACGACUGGGUGAUUGAGGCCAAGCGGGAAGAUCCUCCAUUGGAAGGACCAGAAUUGGAGAAGCUGCAAGGCACUUCCUGGACACGACUCCCUUGGCCACGAGGAGAUGAAGAACCUUUCGCAAGUCGUAGCGAUGUGGUGGCACAGAAGGGCGAAAACUGCCCAAAUCAGAAGGUGGUGGAUGCCCGAACUUCUGUAGCAGGCGACCACGGUCAACCCAUUGUUGCCAAGCGGUGUCGCCGAAGCCGGGGAAAGAAGACCUGCGGCGUGUGCGGGAAGACCUUUAGCCGGUGCACCGUCCUCGCCGCGCACCAGCGGACCCACACGGGGGAGAAGCCCUUCAUGUGCCAGAACUGCGGCAAAUGCUUCAGUUUCAAGUCCACCUUGGUGGCCCACGAGAGGACACACACGGGGGAGCGGCCGUACACCUGCGACCAAUGCGGGAAGAGCUUCACCGUCAGCUCCGUCCUCACGCGGCACUACCGGGUCCACCUCGAGAAGGAGCUCUUCCGCUGCCCGGAGUGCGAGAAGAGCUUCACCCAGAAGUCCCAGCUCCUCAACCACCAGAAGGUCCACCUGAAGGAGAAACCCUUCAAGUGUGGACGGUGUGGGGAGAGCUUCAGCCACAACUCCAGCCUCCGGAAGCACGAGGGUGGUCACACAGGGGAGAAGCCCUUCAAGUGCCCCGACUGUGACAAAUCCUUCAACACGUCAUCCCAACUUGUCAAGCACCACCGGGUCCACACUGGAGAGAGACCCUACACCUGUGCCGAGUGUGGGAAGAGCUUCAGCCAGUGGCAGAUCCUGAUGGUGCACCAGCGGACCCACACGGGGGAGAAGCCCUUCAAAUGUGCCACGUGUGGGAAGUGCUUCUCCGACCGGGCCGUCCACAUCCGACACCAGAAGGUCCACACGGGCGAGAGGCCCCAUCAAUGCACAACCUGCGGGAAGAGGUUCACCCAUCGCACGGUCUUGGUGAAACAUCAGAAGAUCCAUGCCAGGGAAGCUCUGAACAUGCUCCGGCUCGAAGAAGGACAGCACCCGGCGCAAGGGACCUCAUCGGUGGCUGCACCAUUUUGGGGGAAAUCUCUGACAAAUAUAGGUCUCCAUUACAAAAUCCAUGAUCUGGAAGGUGAAAUGGCAGCCAAGAAGAGAAGAACCUCAGAUGAUAGCCUCCAAUUCAACUAUCUGUUGAAACAGGGGAUGAAGGAAGGAGACCAAGUAGAUCUGAAACCAGAGGUGGCCUUGGAAAGAGGAGCUGGUCAUGAAUCCAAGGCUGUGAAGAGCUUUCUCAAACAGGAAGAAGUUAUGGGUGGAGCAGGCAAGUUGAACUCAUCAGAGGACCUCAAGGAAGCACCAUCUUCUCACUUGGGAUGGGGGAAUUCCCAGCAAUCACCGUGGGAGAAGGCAACGGUUCUCUUGACGUCUGUUGAAGGGCCACCAAAUGCUUACCGAAAGUCCAGAGGCCUUGGUGGAGGAAGCUUAGGAGACUUCAUAAAAAUAGAGGACACGAAGAGGGAGGACUGUUGGAAAGGAAGGGAAGAUCUCCUCAAGGAGGACUUGGUCACCAUGGACGUCCAGCGAGCCCUCUUCCGGGAAUACCGCUACCAGGAGGCGGAGGGUCCGCGUGAGGCCUGCAGCCGUCUCUGGUACCUGUGCCACCGGUGGCUGAAGCCCGAGAGGCACACCAAGGAGCAGAUCCUGGAGCUGGUGAUCCUGGAGCAGUUCCUGGCAAUCCUGCCCUCCGAGAUCCAGAGCUGGGUCAAGAGGGGCUGCCCUCGGACCUGCGACCGGGCGGUGGCCCUGGCCGAGGACUUCCUCCUGAGACGGCAGGCAUCUGGACAACUGGAACCACAGGGCUCAGCCCUGAUCCAGGACGCAGCUUCAAACCUCUGCAUGGUUGAGCAACUUCCUCCGAGUCCCAAAGAGAAGCAGCCUGUCGCCAAGAGCAAGCAGGGGAAUGGUGGCAAGACCAGCAGAACCACAGGUGAUGAAUGGAGAAGAGAGAACAAAGAGGAGAAACUUCAGCUUGGGCCACUGAAGCGCCACGGACCCUCCCGGGAAAUCCCCCCGUGGCCCCAGGCGGGUGGAGAAACAUCUCAGAGUCACAAGGAGGCAGAGAAAGGGAGGAAAAACUACCUCGAGCCCAGCGUGAAUGUAUUCUUUCCUUAUUUAGGGGAAAGUACUGAAGUGACGCAAAAGGUUGUCAUAAAGAGAAGGCGCCGGAGCAGAGGAGAAAGGGUGUGCAACGUGUGCGGGAGGAGCUUCAGCCGGACCACGGUGCUCGUGGCGCACCAGAGGACCCACACCGGGGAGAAGCCGUUCAUGUGCCAAGACUGCGGGAAGUGCUUCAGCCUGAAGUCCACUUUGGUGGCGCACGAGCGGACCCACACGGGAGAGCGGCCUUACACUUGCUCCCAGUGUGGGAAGAGCUUCACCGUCAGCUCGGACCUCACCCGGCAUUAUCGGAUCCACGUCGGAGAGAAGCCCUUCAGCUGCUUGCAGUGCAACAAGAGCUUCAGCCGGAAGACGCAGCUGCUCAACCACCACAAGGUCCACACGCGGGAGAAGCCGUACAAGUGCGCCCAGUGUGGGGAGACCUUCAACCGGAGCUCCAGCCUCAUGAUCCACGAGGGCUCCCACACGGGGGAGAAGCCCUUCAAGUGCCCGGACUGCGACAAAUCCUUCAACACCUCCUCCCAGCUGGUCAAGCACCACCGGGUGCACACCGGGGAGAGGCCCUACACCUGCUCCGAGUGUGGAAAGAGCUUCAGCCAAAGGCAGAUCCUGAUGGUCCACCAGAGGAUCCACACCGGGGAAAAGCCCUUCAAGUGUGCCACGUGCGGGAAAUGCUUCUGCGACCGGGCCGUCCUCAUCAGGCACCAGAAGGUCCACACGGGCGAGAGGCCACAUCAGUGCACAACCUGCGGGAAGAGCUUCUCUCACCGCGCGGUCCUUGUGAGGCAUCAGAAAAUCCACACCAGGGACUCUCUCAAUAUGUUGGUCAUGGAGGAGGACCCAGAUGAAGCCUCAUGAAAGCACAGCAUUUCCGUACCUUCAGCGUGGACUGCAAUUGACCUGUGGCAACUCCCAUGAUGAACCAGUGUAGUUGGCCCUCCAUAUUUGUGGGUUUGAUUACAUAGCCCAACGACAACAACAAAACCUUGUUAUCUCCGUUUUUCAGAACAUUCCUGGGGUUAUUAAGAAAAUUGCAUUGGAUAGACUGCAUCAGCUGUAGUUUCUUUGAUAUGUCUAUGUUGACUUUCUGUGGGCAACCAGGUGGCAACUGGUAGAUGCCGUAUGUUCUGUAUCUUAAAAACUAGGGUUGAUAUGGGGGAAACCAGUGCCAUUUUUGGAAUCAGCAGGUCAAAUAUAUCCAGAAACAGGGCUAACAUUUGAGGUACCAAAAAGUUAUUGGUCCAUGUUAUUCAUGGAUUUGAUUAUAAUAUCAUCUCUACUAAUCUCUAUGUCCCUCAGUAUGACUCUGUGGACUGCAGAUGACCUGAAGCAGUUUCAUGAUAAACUAUACAGUGAGACAUCCACAUUUGUGGUUUUGAUUAUUCACAUAUUUGGUAAAGAGGUUUUCUGAAGGAGUGUCUAGGUCAGUGGUGUCCAACCUUUGGUCCUCCAGGUAUUUUGGACUUCAUCUGCCAGAAUUCGUGGCCAUUGGACAAGUUGACCAGGACUUCUGAGAGUUGGAGUCCUAAAUACCUGGAGGAUGAAUGGUUGGACAUCCCUUGUUCUAGGUUCUCCAUGCAACUCCACAGUUCUAGGUUCUCCAUGCAACUCCACAGUUCUAGGUUCUCCAUGCAACUCCACAGUUUUAGGUUCUCCAUUCAACUCCACAGUUCUAGGUUCUCCAUGCAACUCCACAGUUUUAGGUUCUCCAUUCAACUCCACAGUUCUAGAUUCUCCAUGCAACUCCACAGUUCUAGGUUCUCCAUUCAACUCCACAGUUCUAGAUUCUCCAUGCAACUCCACAGUUCUAGGUUCUCCAUUCAACUCCACAGUUCUAGAUUCUCCAUGCAACUCCACAGUUCUAGGUUCUCCAUGCAACUCCACAGUUCUAGGUUCUCCAUGCAACUCCACAGUUCUAUGUUCUCCAUGCAACUCCACAGUUCUAGGUUCUCCAUGCAACUCCACAGUUCUAGGUUCUCCAUGCAACUCCACAGUUCUAGGUUCUCCAUGCAACUCCACAGUUUUAGGUUCUCCAUGCAACUCCAUAGUUCUAGGUUCUCCAUGCAACUCCACAACUCCACUUCUGCCAGAUGUUAGUCAUAACUCCAUGCUAGAGGUCCUCGGGAUUCCUAAAGAGGACACUCUUCUAGGACUCUCUAGGUGUUUCAAAGCUAUUCUGUGCUCAUCUUCUGGUGGAAUAUCUUGGGAUUCAUACUUGGGGAGGCACAACUCUUGAUAUACAGUGGGUUGCUGUGUGUUUUUCGGGCUGUAUGGUUAUGUUCCAACAACAUUAUCUCCUAACCUUUCACCUGCAUCUGUGGCUGGCAUCUUCAGAGGUUCUGUUGGCAGUGAGGCAAGUAGAGUGUAUGUAUAUCUGUGGAAUGUCCAUAUAUACACUCCAUUUGCUUCACUGCCAACAGAACCUCUGAAGAUGCCAACCACAGGUGAAACCUCAGAGAAGACUGCUACUGGAACCUGGCCAUACAGUCCGAAAAACUCACAGCAACUCAGUGAUUCCGGCCAUGAAAGCCUUCGACAACAUAAUAAUAUAAUAAUAACUUUAUUCUUAUAUCCUGCCCCAUCUCCUCGAAGGGAUUUGGGCAGCUCAAAUGAGGACUAAGCCCAGCAAUACACAAUAAAAUAAAAGGUAAAGGUUUCCCCUGAUGUUAAGUCCAGUCAUGUCUGACUCUGGGAGUUGGUGCUCAUCUCCAUUUCUAAGCCGAAGAGCCGGCGUUGUCCGUAGACACCUCCAAGGUCAUGUGGCUGGCAUGACUGCAUGGAGCGCUGUUACCUUCCCACCGGAGUGGUACCUAUUGAUCUACUCACAUUGGCAUGUUUUCAAACUGCUAGGUUGGCAGAAGCUGGGGCUAACAGCGGGUGCUCACUCCACUCCCUGGAUUCGAACCUGGGACCUUUCGGUCUGCAAGUUCAGCAGCUCAGUGCUUUAACACACUUCGCCACCGGGGCUCCUACACAAUAAAAUACGAUCACAUAAAUACAUUUAAAACAAAUAUAAAAUCAUAAAACAUAUAAUACAUUAAAGCAAUAACAUCUUGAUAUACAGUCAACCUUCCACACGUCCUGGGUUUAGAAGCAUAGGAGCCCCGUGAAAGUGGGAAAACCACAAAUAAUUUCUACUAUUUUACCUGCAAGAAGACCUUUCUAGGACUCUAGAUUGUUCACCACAACUUUCCUAUCAACUUUCUGCUGCAAAGUGACCAUUGGAGGACCUAGAGAUUUCUAGAAAAAAAUUAACUCAAACCUGCGAGUAAUCAAACCUGUAGAUGUGGAUGGAUGGCUGUUCAACCAGUUUGUAAGCAAAGAGUGGACGUGUCGGUGUGAAACCAACAAAUUCGAAAUUUAUUUCUGAAUUUUUAAGCUAUGCACUAGAUGUGGAUGAAUGACGUGUGAUCAGCUGGGGUUGGUGGCCAAGAGAGCCGGGAUGUCAGCUUUUUGAUUUAAUGCAUGCGGAUUGAACUCUUAGUAGUAAUAGAAAGGUUGACAAAAGCACUUGUUUGGUUAUCAUGGCAGGGUUCUGCAUAGUUUGGUUUUAUGUGUGUGCACUUCACUUUAAAUACUGCGGGGCUGUUUUUGUAAGAGGUGAAAGAACAGCACGGACACUGAAGCUCUACUUUUGUGGCCUCUGGAAAUCCACUCAUGUACACAUAGAAGAGUGAUAUCGAGAGCAAGAAAAGGUCUAUAAUGUAGGGAUGUGCACGGAAUUUUUUCCUUCGUUUCCUUCGUGCUAUCGUUUCAUUUCGACCGUUUGUCUACCCAAAACAAAUGACGACAUUUUCGUAGGAAACAAGAAGUAACACAAAAAUGAAAGCUGCACAGUCAUCGUGCUUGCUUUUGUUUUCCUUUAGUUUUGGCCCUGUAAUAAUAAGCAGGUACUGACAGAGGCCUGCUUUCCCAUUACAACUGAUGUGUACCAAUGGGUGUUAAUAAUAAUAUUAAUAUAAAUAACAAUAGUUACUCUGGGACCCUAAGCUGAGCCUGAGAGAGGUCUGCUUCCCCAUGACAUCUGAUGUGUGCCAAUGGGUUUUAAUAAUAUUAAUAUAAAUAAUGAUAGUUACUCUGGGACCCUAAGCUGAGUCUGGGAGAGGGUUGCUUCCCCAUGACAUCUGAUGUGUGCCAAUGGGUAUUAUUAAUAUUAAUAUUAAUAGCAAUCAUUUUUCUGGGACCCUAAGCAGAGUCUGAGAGAGGUCUGCUUCCCCAUAACAUCUGAUGUGUGCCAAUGGGUGUUAAUAAUCUAUAUAUAUAAAAGACUGAUGGCAUCAGGGCAGCGGACAAAACAACAAAACUACAGGCCCCCCAACCUCGAAUUUGACAACACAACCCAUCAUCCACGGCUCUAGGUUGAUACAACAAAAAGAAAAGAAAAAUAAAGUCCUAAUUAGAGGGAGAAGAAUAAUUGUUUUUAUCCAAUUGCUGCCAGUUACAAGGCUAAGCCUCCCACUCAGGGAGGAAACAGCCAGGCUUCAAAGCUAAUCAUUUUUCCUAAUUGCAGCAUUCAUACUUGCCUCCAACAGACAAAAAAAAUCAGAAAUAUUGUAUAUUCACAACCUUUAGGAAAUAAUAUCUCCUGAUGGCGCAGCGUGUUAAAACGCUGAGCUGCUGAACUUCUGGUUUGAAUUGGGGGAGUGGAGAGAGCCCCCACUGUUAGCCCCAGCUUCUGCCAACCCAGAAGUUCGAAAACAUGCAAAUGAGAGUAGAUGAAUAGUUACUGCUCCGGCGGGAAGGUAAUGGCGCUCCAUGCAGUCAUGCCAGCCACAUGACCUUGGAGGAGUCUACAGACAACGCCGGCUCUUCGGCUUAGAAAUGAAGAUGAGCACCAACCCCCAGAAUCAGGCAUGACUGGACUUAAUGUCAGGGGGGAACCUUUACCCUUUACCUUAACUACCACCAAUUCCUCAAUACUUUAUUUCCCAUACCACCAUACUUUGCCACAGCAACGCGUGGCCGGGCACAGCUAGUAUUAAUAUAAAUAGCAAUCAUUUUUCUGGGACCCUAAGGGUCUACAUGAAUGAAACUACACAAAAUGAACAGCAAUUCCAUACAAAAGCACAACACUACUAUAGUGCUCUUAGAUGUAUGGAAUUUGGGGUGAGAGAUAGAGCUUCCUCAGAUGAGUUUAAAAUGAGUGGUUGUUUGGGAUUCAUGUUAUGCAUGAAAUGAGCACAACGGCUCGAUUAGUGUUUGCUCCAGUAGAGGUUAAACUAAUAGUAUGGGUUGCCACGAUCCAUUGGGGUGGUGGGUUGUGAGGUUGUUGUUUUCCCUGAUAUAGUUGUACAAUAUCGGGGCUAUAUCUGGCUGUCGAGAGUGCUUUUCUUUUAUUUUUUGGGUGACCUCAAAUUUCUUCUUCUGUUCCUUUUCAUUGGGGAGUGAGGAGCGAAGAUGCAAUGUCGUGGAAAUGCAGGAUAAGCAUAUAAUCAGUCAAAUGCCCUAACUAAAAAGAAAACAUAAGGUCCAUCCACACUGUAGAACUGAUGCAGUUUGAACCCCAAUUUAACUUCCAUGGCUCGUUGCUAUGGAAUCCUGUGAUCUGUAGUUUGUUGAGGCAUCAGGACUCUAUGGCAGAGAGACUAAGGACCUUGUAUAACUUCAAUUUACAGGAGUUCAUAGCAGUCAAAGUGGUGCCAAACUGCAUUCAUUCUAUAGUUUAGAUGGCACAAAUCGUGUUGUAAAUCUCAACUAGAGUGACCCCAUUGAACGCAUUCAAUUUGCAUCAACGUUGUGGCUGGUAAUAGGAAUUUAGGCCAACGAAGUGAAUAUACAAAGUACUCUUGGAAAGACAUAUUCUUAAAUACAAUUCUGUCUUAAUUUUGCUCCACUGCAUAUUUACAUGUCACCUUUCCCUGUCUUCUCUUUUUGCCCCCCUUUUAAUUAUUUUCCUCUUCAAAGCCACUAUCUUCUAUUAGACAAUUUGUCGCAUUUUCGUCCCAAGACUCGUCUUACGUAUUUCACAGAAUUAUUAUUUCUCCAACUUGCCUGUUCUUGUCAUUCGAUAAUAAUAAAUAUAUUUUAAUUAUAUUCCACUCUAUCUCCCCGAGGGAUUACAGGACACAUAUAUGGCAAACAUUCAAUGCCAUGAUACAAUUAACAAGGACAGACAAUACAUAAACACAGGUAAAGGCUUUCCCCAUCUUUUCCAUUUCUGGCAUCUGGAGGCCGUUCUUGACUCUGGUCACCAGGGGGUGCUGUCACUCCAUCUUCCAUGACAAGGAGCUUUGUCGUCCAUGCUGCGUUUCCUCUGCUCCAUUUUCCAUUAUAGUAGACUGUUAGUCUUUAUGUAUGUACAUCUGCCAUGAGCAAACUUGGGCCCUCCAGGUGUUUUGGACUACAACUCCCACAAUUCCUAACAGCCUCAGGCCCCUUCCUUUUCCCUCUCAGCCGCUUAAGCGGCUGAGAGGGAAAAGGAAAGGGCCUGAGGGUGUUAGGAAUUGUGGGAGUUGUAGUCCAAAACAUCUGAAGGGCCCAAGUUUGCCCAUGGUGGAUGUACAGUAUGACUUCUGUAUUUGUAGAGGAUACUUUUCCAGAAUUCACAUGGAUACACAAAACUGCAGGUAAUAAUCAGCCCUAUUGAAAUGAAGACUAUCUAGAAAUAACAAAAUUUUUUGGAUGCAGAUAAUUGAAAGUAUGGAUAUGAGAUUGUUCUGUACUUAAACCUUGUAUCUGAGGAAGUAGGUGUAGAUAUUCUGCCAUUGCUUCAUCCUAUGGAAUUCUGGAAAUGUCCCGUAAUAAUCUCAUGGCAGUGGCCUACAUACCUUAAAGGCAACAGAUCCCAUCUGUUCUUGGUACCUAAGCAGGGUCAGCCCUGGUUAAGACCUGGAUGGGAGACCACCAACAAAUCCCAGGUGUUAUAGGUUGUAUUUCAAAGAAAAGAACUGGCAAAAUUGCUUUUAGCCCUUGAAAUUCAUGGGUCAAUGUUAAGUCGAUAAGCAACGUGAUUUCUGCAUUUUCAGUUCCUUCAAAGAUCUACCCACAGGCAAUGAUAAGUGUCUUUCAACCUGUAUUGUGAUUGGUUCAAAUGAUGAGGCAGCAUUAGCAUUAGAGACAACUUUUCAGACCACAGUGGUGGGUCUCUCAGUUGUGCUGUCAAUAAACUUGCCAUCCUAUGCAGAAAUUUGCAAAAACUUAUUGCAAACUGGAAAUGCACUGGAAAAAAGAACCAAAACCAUUUCCAAUUAUCACCAUGACUUAUGGAGUUGGGUCAUAUUUUUUUGACAUGGACAAAAACUUUGCUUGAAUUAUACCUAGACUGACAGGUCUGAAAAGACCCUGAUCAAAUCUCGUCUCGGCCAUCGGGUAUUUCCCACCAGCCGCAUCAUGCGCACAAACCCCAUGUUUAUCAAGGGGUCAAUAGCACUGUCCUGCCGCACAGGAUUGUUUCAAGAGGAACUUUGAACUAUUGUACACAAAGCUCAUUGAGCACUUAAGAGGAAAAUGCUGUACUGAAUCUUCGGUCUUAUGGUUAUAAUGAAGAUUUGGGAUUAGGGUUCGGUUUUUAGGUACUUUCCUUGUAUUUCUAAAUGCCUUCUUGUUGUGUCUUUGGGAUCUCCACUGAAUAAAGGACUUGAAUUGUA